AUGGAUGGCUUAAUGACAGCAUUUGACUGCAAGCAGUAUUCUGGAAUAGAAACUAAACCACUUCCAAGAUUAACGAGAUAUUUAAGAUCUUUUACAAGACUCGAGCCAAGAAAGGAUCUUAUUGACAAUACCUCUGUCAAACCUUUGGAAAGACAUAAUAAAUUUUCAUGGCCUGAUCUUAAAAAGAUAAUUGAAGGCCAUUCCUGUUUGUCACCACAAGUAUCCAAGGACCUUUCUCACUUACAAGAACUGGCAAAAACAAUCAGUGGUGGCGAACAAAAAAUUGUUGAUGAAACAGCAGUAUUUCUUUUUCGUCUUUUUAUGGAUAAGAAAAAAGCUCUCAAUAAACAUUGCACUCUUAUAAAACAGUUAUAUGGCAAUGUUACUUUUACGACUGUUAACCAGAUCUGUUCGGUUGUAAAUCAAGUUGUGGACGAGCUAACUGAUGAAUGCAUUGAUAAAAUUAAAAGAGGAUUUGAAAAUAAAAGCGAUGAUGAGCGUCAAAACGAGAAGUCACUCUGGGGAGGCCAUAUUAUAUUUAAUCCGCCAACGAAAUGGAUCCCUCCCGACACAAGCUUUCUUACCGAUCUUAAUCAACAAAAAAAUAUUAUUGAAAACUUUUCGAUGGCUUAUAAUAAACCUGUCGAAAAAGAAUUAUCCGAAGAAAAAGGAUUAUACACUAAGAGCUGGAUGAUUAAGGAAGUACAGAAGUGUUUCCCGGCUGGUAAUCCUAUCGGGGUUUCUAACGAAGAGUUUUGUGAUUCCAUCAUUGAGAUGCUUAACUGUCCCAAAUCAACUGAUGAACUACAAAAUGAUCUUUUCGAUUUCUUAGGCUACGAUAACUUUGAGUUAACCUUGUUGCUAUUGGAACAUAGGAAAGAUAUAGCUAUGAUUAGCAAGUUGGAAAAUGAGAAGAAGUUGCUACUGAAGCCUUUAGGCAACAGUACUGAACGAAAACGUGAAGGAUAUAUUAGUCAAGUUACCGUCAAAUCUCAAGAAGAAAAGCAACUCGAAAAAUUGGCUAGAAAAGAAGAGAAAAAAUUCUCGAAACAUGGAACAAUUAAAGAAAAUGCGCAAGAGGAAGAAAAGUUUGACCCUUUAGAACUUAGAAAUAAGAGGAUAGCAGCUCUGAGCAACCAGAAUACUUGGGCUACGCAAGAGAAAAAAAAACCUUCAGAGCCGAAAGAUGCCUACCCACAUGUUUACGACUCGAUGAAAACAGCUCAAUCACAAACAGGUUAUAUUUCGGGUAGUAGGAUAAUGCUGCCUGAAGACGUGAAACGAGUUGACAACAAACAAUACGAGGAAGUUGAUAUACCAGUAUCUUCACCGGGCCCAUUGUCCGUGGGUAAUACUUUGAUCCCAAUAUCUUCAUUGGAUACCUAUGGGAAGCUUGCCUUCUCUGGUAUAACCCACCUGAAUAGGAUACAAUCAGUCGUCUUCCCAACGGCUUAUAACACCAAUGAAAACUUGUUAAUCUGUGCCCCCACCGGUGCUGGUAAAACGAAUAUAGCUCUUCUCACUGUGAUGCAUACCAUACGACAGAAUAUUGUCAACGACAUAAUUAAGAAAGAUCAGUUCAAGAUAGUAUACGUAGCACCAAUGAAGGCUUUAGCAGCUGAAAUGACGGCAAAUUUCAAUAAAAAGUUAGGUUGUUUGGGAUUGUCUGUUCGAGAACUGACAGGCGAUAUGCAGCUGACUAAAAAUGAAAUACUUCAAACCCAAAUGAUCGUAACUACACCAGAGAAAUGGGAUGUUGUUACCAGGAAGGGAACUGGUGACGUUGCGCUUACUCGAUUAGUAAAGCUUCUUAUAAUAGAUGAAGUUCACCUUCUUCAUGGUGACCGUGGACCUGUUGUUGAAGCUCUGGUUGCAAGAACAUUACGUCAGGUCGAAUCUUCACAAACGAUGAUCAGGAUAGUUGGUCUCUCUGCUACUCUGCCUAACUACAUUGACGUGGCUAGGUUCCUCCGGGUCAACCCUCAUGUUGGUCUAUUUUAUUUCGAUAGUCGGUUCCGCCCUGUCCCACUACGCCAGACAUUCAUCGGUGUGAAAGCAACUAAAGCGCUUCAGCAAAUGGCUGAUAUGGAUAUGGUUUGCUACGAUAAAGUGGUAGAAAUGGUUCGCAAGGGUCACCAGGUUAUGGUUUUUGUCCAUGCGAGGAAUGCUACAGUAAGGACUGCCAAUGUAUUAUUAGAAAUGGCUAGACAAAAAGGUGAUAUUGGAUCGUUCACUCCUGAAAACUCUGCUGCAUUAACUGGAGGUUUGCAGGCUUUCUCUAAGGCUAAAUCGAAACAGUUAGCUGAACUAUUUAAUGCCGGCUUUUCCGUCCACCAUGCUGGAUUAUUCAGGCCUGAUAGGUCCCUUGUUGAAAAAUAUUUUGGAUUGGGAAUGAUCAAGGUGUUAGUUUGCACCUCAACACUCGCUUGGGGUGUCAAUCUUCCGGCACAUGCUGUCAUUAUUAGGGGAACCGAGAUUUACGAUGCUAAGCAUGGUUCUUUUAUUGAUUUGGGAAUUUUGGAUGUUCUUCAAAUUUUCGGACGAGCUGGAAGACCUCAGUUCGAUACAUCUGGUCACGGAAUCAUCAUUACAUCUCAUAACAAGCUGUCACAUUAUUUAUCACUCCUCACUAACCAGUUUCCAAUUGAGAGUAAUUUCAUUAAUUUUCUAGCUGACAAUCUUAAUGCUGAGAUAUCUCUCGGAACUAUUUCAAAUGUCAACGAAGCAGUAGAAUGGCUGAGUUAUACUUACCUCUUUGUUAGAAUGAGAAUAAAUCCAUUGGUUUACGGUAUGACUGUUCAAGAUGUUAUGGACGAUCCAAGAUUGGAGGAGAGGAGGAGAGAACUAAUCACCAUCGCAGCUAAAGCUCUAGAUAAAGCAAGAAUGAUAAGAUUUAAUAUUAGGACUGAUGAUUUAGCCAUCACAGAUUUGGGAAGGAUUGCUAGUAACUUCUAUAUUAAAUAUGACACUGUGGAAGUUUUCAACGACAUGAUGAAUAAUGUUAUGAGCGAAUCGGAAAUCCUAGCUAUGGUUUCACAUGCUCAGGAAUUCCAUCAGUUAAAAGUAAGAGAUGACGAAAUGGAUGAAUUGGAAAAUCUAUGUGACAUCUGUGAAUAUGAAGUGGCCGGGGGUAAAGAAAAUCUUCAUGGAAAAGUGAACAUUCUCAUUCAGUCAUUCCUGGCAAGGCAGAGAGUCAAUUCUUUUUCUUUGAUGUCAGAUCUCUCUUACAUAACUCAGAAUGCUGUGAGGAUAAUGCGUGCUCUCUUUGAGAUUAAUCUGCGUAGUAACAAUUCUCUGCUGGCCGGCAAACUCCACCAGAUGGCGUUGAUGAUGGAGCACCAGCAGUGGCAAUGGGAGACGCCCUUAAGGCAGUUCACUGUUCUCACUCACGACAUCAUCGAGAAGAUAGAAAAGAGGGACCUCUCCGUCCAGGCUAUUAGGGAAAUGGAUUCCAGAGAAAUAGGCAUAUUCUUGAGGAAUACAAAGAUGGCAACAAUUGUAAAGAAAAGUGCUUUUGAGUUUCCCCUACUUGAGCUGUCUGCAUCACUUCAUCCUAUCACCAGGACAAUUUUGAGAGUGCGGCUGCAAAUCACUCCUGAUUUUAAAUGGAAUGAUAAAGUCCACGGCAAAUCCUCCGAAGCGUACUGGGUUUGGAUAGAGGAUCCAGUCGAUACUAAUAUCUACCAUUCAGAAUAUUUUCUAAUUACUCGACGACAGGUCAUUCACAAGGAAACUCAGGAACUUGUAAUGACAAUGCCGUUAGUAGAACCAAUGCCAUCACAAUACAUGAUCAAGGUAACAAAUGAUCAUUGGCUGGGGUGUACAAAUGUUUUACCAAUUAAUGUUCACAAUCUUAUCUUACCUGAAAGCCAUCCUCCUCAUACAGAACUUUUGGAUUUGCAACCGUUACCAGUGAAAGCUUUGGAAAAAAAAGAAUUUGAAAGUCUGUACAAGUUCACUCACUUUAAUCCAAUACAGACCCAGAUUUUCCAUUGCCUGUAUCAUACAGAUUCGAACGUUCUAGUCGGAGCGCCCACAGGCUCGGGGAAGACUAUAAUGGCAGAGAUCGCCAUGUUCAGAGUGUUCAGGAAAUAUCCUGGCUGUAAGGUAGUAUAUGUGGCUCCAUUGAAAGCUUUGGUCAGAGAGCGCAUAGAAGAUUGGAAGAUCAGGAUUGAACAAAAUCUGAAGAGACAUGUUGUAGAAUUAACAGGUGAUGUAACUCCUGAUGUCCAAGCAAUCAAACAAGCAGACGUGAUCGUAACGACCCCUGAGAAAUGGGACGGUAUCUCAAGAAGUUGGCAGACGAGGGGUUAUGUAAAAGAAGUUGCUCUUAUUGUUCUUGAUGAGGUUCACUUGCUUGGAGAAGAUCGUGGACCAGUAUUGGAGGUGAUCGUCUCUCGUACUAACUUUAUUUCAGCCCACACGGAGAGGCCAAUAAGAAUUGUGGCCCUUUCAACUGCCCUAGCUAAUGCCAGAGAUCUUGCUAACUGGUUAGGCAUCAAGGAGAUGGGAUUAUACAAUUUCCGACCAUCUGUCCGCCCUGUGCCUCUUGAAGUUCAUAUCCACGGAUUCCCUGGUAAACACUAUUGCCCGAGGAUGGCAACGAUGAACAGACCAGUUUUCCAGGCAAUCCUUACGCAUUCACCCAGCCAGCCGUCGAUGGUUUUUGUCUCUUCGAGGAGGCAGACUCGACUGACUGCUCUUGAUCUGAUAGCUUAUCUCGCUGGGGAAGACAAUCCAAAAAUGUGGAUGCACACUUCUGAACAGGAAAUGGACCAAAUAAUAGCCACGAUAAAGGACUCUAACCUGAGGUUGACAUUGGCCUUUGGCAUAGGCAUCCACCACGCCGGUCUGCAGGAGAGGGAUAGAAAAACUGUCGAGGAACUGUUUGUUAAUCAAAGGAUCCAAGUACUGAUUGCUACAGGCACCCUUGCGUGGGGUGUGAACUUACCAGCUCAUCUUGUCAUCGUCAAGGGAACAGAAUACUACGACGGUAAGACCAAACGCUACGUUGACAUGCCUAUCACUGACGUACUUCAGAUGAUGGGUCGAGCUGGCAGACCUCAAUACGAUAAUCAAGGAAUAUCUGUGAUAUUAGUUCAUGACGUCAAGAAGAAUUUUUAUAGAAGAUUCUUGUACGAACCAUUUCCUGUUGAGUCACACCUUCUUCAGGUGCUGCCAGAUCACUUGAGUGCUGAAAUUGUUGCUGGAACCAUCAAGACGAAACAAGAAGCACUGGAUUAUCUCACAUGGACAUAUUUCUUCAGGAGGUUGCUGAAAAAUCCAACUUUUUAUGGCCUAGAAUCAUUAGAGGCCAAGGAUGUGAAUUCUUAUCUUUCUCAUCUCGUCGAUAAGACUUUAUUAACACUUUAUUAUGCUGGAUGUGUAACUUUAGAGGAGGAUGAAAGGACCUUGAGCACAACGUCUAUGGGUCGUAUAGCUGCGUAUUAUUACUUAGCCUAUCAGACGAUGACACAGCUGCGGGAGAAUCUGUCGCAUAGUUUAACACUUGAAAAGUGUUUGUUCGUUAUGUGUCAUGUUUAUGAAUAUAGCCAGUUACCUGUUCGUCACAACGAGGAGAACCUCAAUGGGGAGUUGGCAAAACAGUGCCCUUGGCCUGUCGAUCCUCUGCAGCUGGAUUCCGCUCACAUCAAGACCUACCUUCUGCUGCAGUCGCACUUCAGCAGGCUGGAGCUCCCCUCUACCGACUACUACACUGAUCUCAAAUCUGUCCUCGACCAGGCCAUCAGGGUUCUACAGGGAAUGAUUGAUGUUUGCGGGGAGUGUGGCUGGCUUGCCACUACCCUACGCCUACAGCAGUUGAUGCAGAUGUUGAUCCAGGGUCGCUGGCUGAGCGACUCGCCGCUCACAACGUUACCGUGCGUGGAACCGUACAUGGCUCAGUCACUACACUCUAAGCCCAAGGGGAACUUGCCUGCUGCGGUUCAUGCAGCAACUGGUGGAUAUUCCAAUGUGGCUAGCAUAUUUUCUCCAGAAUUAGAUGAAGGCCAAAUAGAUCAGGUUUACAGAACUCUAAAAUGCUUGCCGAUUUUACGAGUCGGUAUGCGUAUAACUGGUGAAGGCAUUGAAAGUGGAAGUUCUCAAAACAGGGAUGUGUUGCUUUCUUCAGAAGAAUAUACUCUUAACGUCACUCUCGAGAGACUCAAUCCUCCCAUGGAAAGGAGGGCAUAUACACCUAAAUUUCACAAACCAAAAACUGAAGGUUGGUUUGUAACUCUCGGAAAUAUUGAAUCUGGAGAACUUCUCGCUAUGCGUAGAGUUACAUUUCAACAAAGAAAGACUAAUGUACCACUACUCUUUUGUGCUCCUGCUAGACCAGGGCCGGCUAUUUUUACUUUAUAUAUUUUAUCUGACACCUACCUUGGCCUUGACCAGCAAUACGACCUGCGGGUAUCGAUUAAAGAAUCAAGAUUAUGUCGACAAGUUACUAAUAACGAUGAUGAGAUGUCCAUCGAUGAAAAAUAUUAG